UCAUUUUAGAUAGAAGUGUCGCCAAAUGAAAAAAAUAUAAAUAUAAAUCAUUACUUCAAUUAACUAACACAUUUUACUUACUAAUAUCUGGCACUGUAUUUAUAAGAUAUGUAUUGCUGUUGGACCGUAGAAUAGUGUGCUUCAUGUACAUGUUUUAAAUAUUACUUCGAUUUUUUUAAAUAUCCGUUUACGCUUACAAUUAGGUUGUCUGAAACUGCAUCCCACACUCUGGUGUACAUUCCUAAGCGCUAUAAAACUCAUGUUUAGUCUUUAAUUAUUAAGGCUUUCCACAAAUAGGUUUCUGUUCAAUUCAUUGACAUUUUUCAAAUUGUUUCAAAAUGUCAACCAAAUCGCUUUACAUACAAUAGGAAUGUACCCAUGCUUUUUUUUUAUUGUGAUAUCUGGGAAAAAAAAUACAAUCAGCACAAUUCAAGAUAAUCUGCCUUUUGCCUGAGCAUCAUGACUUGCAACAGUGAAUUGAAAGUUAAUUAGUCAUUGUUGAUGUUGACAUUAGUGAGUGAAAGAGCAAGCCUGACAGUUCAGGAGAGUUUGCUGCUUCUGUAGCUUUGGGAAGUCAAACAUCAUGCUAGACAAAAUAAAGAGCAAAGGGCUUAAAUUCUCUUCACUUUAAUGGAGUUUCAAAGGUUACGUUUUUAUACAUUAUCAGUAUGAUUGGCUCACCCAAAUUAUGCAACAUCAUGUUGAUAUUUUACAGUUUUAUAUGAUAAAGUUCUGUAGGCAGCUAGUUUGUAUAGUGUCCUCAAAUUAAUUUCAAUGGUAAAUUGUCAGUUGAAGGUGAUAUACACGCUGUCAUUCCCACUCACCACCUAUGUCCUAGCCCUGUUUCAUACAUGCCACUGCGCUACACAGCAAUCGCAUGAGCUUGUGGGAGAGGACUGUCAACCUGCUGAGGUCCUUACAGGCUGCAGUCUUUUGUACAUUCAUGCAGACAAGGUGGCAUAUCCUUAAAAUGGUAAAACACACCUGCUUCAUGUUGCUGCUUGUUGUAAUGUUGUCAAUCAGUUUAAUCUUGUUGCAUCAAUGCUGUGAAAUGGAUUCAUCUAAGUUAUUACAUUCGACAUAUUGGCACAUUUGAUCCUUUCAUGUACUGAAAAAAUGCAUGCAUCUCAGUCAUAGAGCCAUUGUUACCAGUUUUUUUUUUUACAAUCAUGAAGGAAUAGAACAAAUACUUAAAAUACUAUAUACCAUUGAUUAUGGUGGAUUGUUAGUCAAUUUAAUUAUUUCAACUCUUUCAGAAUUGAUUGACCUCUUGAUUGGCACACAAGAGUUAACACACACGGCUGUAGUCUCCAGAGUCGCAAAUAAUUAACCCGGGCAGUUAUCCACUCAAGUAAUGAAGUAGACUUUACACCAUGGUGAGGGGAGCGCUUUGCACGAUAUCUUAGGUUAUAUAAUAGCCUGCCGGUGCAAGCAGAUUGAGCUGAGUCACAAGCUUGCACUAUAUGACUGUCCUAUACAGGACAAACAAAGACCACAAGCUACUUUUACUUACAGGCUUUAGCAAAGCCUCUCUUCAACUCUCCACCAGGUCUGAGGAGGUUAGUAUGCAGCUCUGCUUACUCCUCUGAGCAGCAUGGCUAACGGGUUUUGUGUGACUGCUCUGGGGCUACUAGCCUGGCUGGGGUUCUGCUCUCUGGAGUCGGCUGUGGGGAGCAAGGUGCUGGUCAUGCCUGUGGACGGCAGUCACUGGCUCAGUAUGAAGGUGCUGGUGAAGGAGCUCUCGCAAAGAGGACACGAAAUGGUGGUGCUAGUGCCUGAGACCAGCAUCCUCAUUGGAGAUUCUGACAGCUACCGGACAAUAUCCUUCAAGGUGCCUUACACCAAGGCAGAAUUGGAUGCCAGCAUCGACAAGAUUAAGGAUAAGGUGUUCCUGAAGAAACCAGGCUUCUCUGAUGUGUUCGAUAGCGUGGAGGGGCUGAUCAAUUUCACCAGCACACAGGUCAAAGGCUGUGAGGCUCUGCUAUACCACCAGCCCCUCAUGCAGCAGCUCCGGAACGAAGGCUUUGAGCUCCUACUCACUGACCCCUUCCUGCCUUGUGGCUCCAUCAUUGCUGAAGCCUUCUCGCUGCCUGUGGUCUACUUCCUGCGUGGCAUGCCCUGUAGCCUUGAUGCAAGUGCAGCCCAGAGUCCCUCACCAACAUCGUUUGUCCCCCGCUUUAUGACAGGAUACACUGAUGUCAUGAAUUUCCCUCAGAGAGUGAAUAACAUGAUUAAGACUAUAUUGGAGUCAUACCUUAGUCGUUUACUGUAUGCCAGUUUUGACGAGUUGUCUAGUAGGUAUCUGGAAAAAGACAUCACCUAUGGUGAGAUUUUGGGCCAUGGGGCUAUCUGGCUGCUGCGGUAUGAUUUUAUCUUUGAGUAUCCCAGGCCACUAAUGCCCAACAUGAUCCACAUAGGGGGAAUUAACUGUGCAAAGAGAAAUGCUCUACCUGCGGAGGUGGAGGAGUUUGUGAAUGGGUCUGGUGAACAUGGCUUUGUGGUCUUCACCCUGGGCUCCAUGGUGUCCCAGAUGCCAGAGGACAAGGCCCGAGUGUUCUUCGAGGCAUUCAGGCAGAUUCCACAGAGGGUUCUGUGGAGAUACACUGGACCUGUGCCUGAGAACGCCCCGAAGAACGUCAAACUCAUGAAGUGGUUGCCUCAAAAUGAUCUUUUAGGCCACCCUAAGGUUAAGGCUUUCAUCACACAUGGAGGAUCCCAUGGCAUCUAUGAGGGUAUAUGCAAUGGAGUGCCCAUGGUGAUGCUCCCAUUGUUUGGUGACCAGGCUGACAAUGUGCAACGCAUGACUGCACGUGGUGUUGCUGAGUCCUUGAGUAUUGUUGACGUGACCUCAGCUAAACUGUUGGAAGCCCUCAACAAAGUCAUCAACGAUAAGAGUUACAAGGCAAAUAUGAUGAAGCUUUCAGCUGUGCACAAUGACCGUCCAAUUGAACCUCUCGACCUGGCCGUCUUCUGGACUGAGUUCGUUAUGAGGCACAAAGGAGCAGAGCACUUGCGGCCAGCUGCCCACGAGCUGAACUGGAUCCAGUACCACAGCCUUGACGUGAUUGCAUUGUUAACUACCAUUGUGCUCAGUGUUGUUCUAGUGACAGUGAAAUGUUGUGUGUUCUGUUUUAAGAAGUGCACAAGAAAGACAAAACAAAACAAAAACAAGAGAGAAUAGUUUAGGAAUAUUUUGUUUGUGAGUGAGAGUGAAUGGCACUGGCAUAGGGGGAAAAAGACUAGCGCGUGAGCAGAACAAAAACAUUUCUCAGGUUUCCACAGCCUACCUCCUCAUUGUAACCUGAUGUAUUUGAUGAACAUAGAGACACAUUUAAAACUGAAACUGUAUGGGACGUUUCAGCUAGGCUAAUAGUUGUAGCUGUAUCUUCCAGUCAAUACAUGGAGUUGACGACGGGCUGUUUAUUUAAGACUACUACAAUUCCUAAUACAAUCUACACAACUUGUGUUGUCAAGUAAAGUCAUUCAUCUUAACAUUUCACUUCACAAUAUGAUUGUAGUUGAGAAGAAUUGCGUUUACCUUCACAGUUUCCACUCCACUGUAUUACAAUAACACUGACUACAUUACACAGAGCUGCAGCAACGUUCGAAUCAUAUAAUCAGGUGACGAGGAAAAGCAGCUUACCUUUUGUGUACAUUUUGAAAAUAAAUUCUUUUUUUUUUUCA